AUGGCUGCCGAGCUCCCCAAGUUCAACCCUGCGCCUGCGUUCAAGUUCUCUCAGAGCCCGAACCCUUCAUACAAGUUCGGUGAGGGCCUUGACCCCAAUGUGAGCGAGCUCGCAAAGGGGUGGAAAGAGGACGAAAAGAAGGGCUGGAAGUCUUGGACACUGGAGGAGACGCACGGAAAGGAUGUUUACACGCUCUUGACGAGCUCGGUCAUUCCGCGCCCGAUCGCAUUUGUUUCCACUCUGGGUGCGGAUGGAACUCCUAAUCUCGCACCUAUGAGCUACUUCUCUUUGAUCGCGCACGAUCCCCCAAUGAUCGGUCUUUCUUUCGCCCUGUUUAUGGGGAUCCCGAAGAACACCCGUGACAACAUCCUUGCCACCAAGGAAUUCACUGUUAGCCUCAUCAGUGAGCCUUUCCUCGAAGCUGCGAACGCCUGCUCGAUCGAUGCCCCGCCCGAGGUGAACGAAUGGCUCGUCAGCGGCCUCACUCCCGUACCCAGCAACUUGGUCAAGCCCGCCUGGGUCAAGGAAAGCGCGAUCAGCCUCGAAUGCGAGCUCUUCCAGGUGCACCAUCUCGCGUCCCUGCACAAUUCGAUGGAGAUCACGACCACAUUCGUGAUGGGCUCUAUCAAGCGCGUGCACGUCCGCAAUGCAGUGCUCGGUGCCGACGGCGUGAACGUCGACCCGGCGAAGCUGCGCGCCGUCUCGCGUCUCGGCGGCUUCACGUACGCGCGCGUCGGCGAAGGCAUCGAUCUAGGCAUCCCCAUGUGGGCCCAGGACCAGACCGCGGUCACGGAGGUCGUCGAGCGGAAGAGCAAGAAGUAA